AUGUGUAUAUCAGCACUACGUGGUAUAUACCAGUUCAAUGAUUUUCGAAGUGAACAAAAAGAAGUAAUUCAAUCUUUUGCACAAAAUCAAGAUACAAUUGUUAUAAAACAAACAGGAGGUGGUAAAAGUUUGUGUUAUACUAUAGCAGCUAUUCUUUCACAAGGAAUUAACAUAGUAUUUUCUCCUUUAAAAGCACUUAUAGAUGAUCAAGAAAUUACCACAAGACUUGGAAUAGACUAUCAACAAGCUUCUCUUAUUCGUAACAUAGCUUUUGAGAAUAAUCAAAUUAUUUAUGAAAGUUGUGAAAAUAUUACCACUGAGCUUCAAAGCAAAGUUUCCAAAGAAACAAUUGCUAUGUAUCACAGUGAAUUAUCUGCUAAACAAAAAUCAGCUGUUCUUUUAGAUUGA